AUGCGGAUGGUCAUGGAAUGGGCAGUUUUGGUUGCAGGGAUAUGGCGACUCGAAGACAUUUGCUCGGGACGCUGCGCCGAUGCCUUGCGGGAGCUGUCCACCCGGUCACAAAGCCAAGGCGCCUCCCGCACGACCUCGGAGCGCCAGUCGCCGGGGGGACCGCCGGUCUCCUUUGACGGGCUUGAGCCUGAGUCCCCGCCCCAGCUCAUGGACAAGGACCUGGCAUUGCAGGCGUGGUUGGCGGCCUUGACCAAGGAGGUACAACGCGUUGAUGCCAAUGUCAGACGUGGACUCCAGGAGCUGCAGUCACAGUUCCUGGACCUGAUGCAGCUCUCGCAGCAGGGCCCUGCGGGCGAAGCGGGCCGCGGAGCAAGCAAAAACCCAAAGGCCGAUGUCGAAGCUCUGGUCGUGGAUUGCAUCGAGGUCCACAUCAAGGGGGUCGAGGUGACAUCCGAGCCCCAACUUCCUCGGAAGCUGCUUGAGAAGCUCGUGGACCUUCCAUUCAUGUCUUCAUGCUCGAAGCUCAGCCUCUUGGAGGCCCUGUGGCCUUCAACGCGUCUCCUACCGGCCGAAGGUGCCCGAGCGGGCGCAGCCAUCCCAGUCGCUGCGCCCCUCGCCGUCGGCAAGCCCGCCACGAAGACCAACGAGCGCGCACCGCCCAAGCCUGACACGUCGGCGAGCAUGCUCGCACAGCUUGUGAAACCAGAGGAGGAGGAGGCCGAGGCCGAGGAGGGCCCGAUGUUGUUGCUCGCCGUUGCUUUGGGGGCGGAGCCCUCCAAGCCCUGCCUUUUCCGCGUUGGGCCAACAGAGCUUUUGGAAGAGGAAGCUGGAUGGAUGCCACACUUUCAGGAAGCUUACGGCCCAUGGUGCCCGCAGGAGGCCCAGAUCUCUGAGACUCGCUGGCUGCACGACCUCAUGCGCCUCCCGCUUGCGGGCGGCCGCUGCUUGCUGCCAGCCAUUGCGCAGCAGGGGGCGCCGAGAGAUGUCCGGAGCUUCUCCCAGCGCUUUACCGAAGCCUUGCCAGCAGGUGAUGCUGACGUGAGUACAGUGAACGAGCCUCUGAAUGCCAGCCAGCUUGUGUGUAGCUGGAUCCUGACGCAGCCCAUGCUCAACGGCUGCGAGGAACAGGCCCUGAAUCUGCCUCAAGUCUUCAACAACGUGGCGGGCUUGAUCUUGGGCCGGAGAAAUUCACGUCUUGGCAUGGAGUACUACGAUGGGAUGGGCUCCGACCUUGUCGAGAGCCAGAUCGGUGGACCCACGAGCGACGGCGUGCCGAUCGCGGAGCUGAACAAGAUAGUUUCAGACAUCAUCCCGGGCAUGAAGCAAACACGGCCCUCACAGUUCUUGGCAUGGUUCCACGACCAAAUGUCAAGCACAGGGUCCAAGUGGAACCUGGUGGCAUGGUACACCAAGAGCGCAGCCCCAAUAGACUUUGACUGCGUCCUGCAUGAUGAGGAUGGACAGGCAUGGCUACCGGGCUGCACAAGUGCUCCAUGCUUGCCAGAGGACAACAUCGACAAGGUGGCCCCCCCGCCCCCACCCCCAGAGGCGAGCCCACAUGUUCGCUUCGUUUGGGCUUUCGUUCGCCGGGUAGCCCGCUGCUUCUGUUGGCAUACGACCCGUGUUGUCAACGGCGAGACCGUGGUUCUGCCGAAGCCUGGCAUGCAGAUGCUCUGGGCUUUGCUCGACACUGCUGUUGAGAUGGUAGCGUCGGCGCGCACCCGCUCUUUCCCUGAGCGAAAGCGGCUGGCCCUGUGGGCCAGUGUUUGCUUUGCUGUGAGGCUGGCAGUGGCGUCGGGCAAGAUGGAAGAGCCCAGUUGGCUUUCGGACAGGUACAAGCUGUGGCGUUUGCCAGAGGACGGGGGGCUUGACAUCGAGGGUGCAGCAGCUCAAGUCCACAUGAUCCGUUUCGGACUAGAUGAAUGCUGGUCGACCGAUCGCGUGACGAAGCGGCUAAGAGCAAUUCAUGCCGAUGACCUGCCAUGGGAAAUCUCUGAAAAAGCCCACAAGGCUGCAAUCGAGAGUGCCGAAGGCGAAGCCUUGGAGGAAGACGCUGCAAAAUCUGUGGAGCAUGCCGAGGAGCAUGCCGCAAAUGCCGCAAAUGCCGCAGCCGUAGCUGCAGAUGUCUCAAGUGACCAAGACACCACCAAGGCAAUCCAAACCAUGCCACACUUGGAGGGUACCAUGGGCCAUUUGGUGCGCAAGGAGUUGGAGACAAGGGGGCGGCUGGUCGUUACCGGGGGCCUUGGGGCCGGAAAACACUCGAUCUCCCAGACCGUCAUGGCAGACCUGGUUGUGGGGCAGGUGUGGCACAAGAACAUCUUCCGCUUUCCCCUCCGCAUCUCCAUGGAAGAGCUGUCGCAGAAGCUCCAAGCAAGUGCCGCGGACCCUCUCCAGGAGCACUUUGCCUCCUGCAAGCAUCUCGCGGCCGCAUGCGCCUGGGAGCGCACCCGGACGCCGCCCUGGUCCGGUCGCUGGGCCCACCAAGUGGUGCGCGCCCAAGGUGCCCGCAAAGGAAGCCCGGGGCGCAUCUUCGUUGUCGGCGGGCACAGCACGGAGAGAAAUAAGCCCUUGCAGGACGCCUGGGUGUCGCAGGACAACGGCGAGACGUGGGAGGAGCUUCCCACGCCUCCUUGGCCGGCACGCAGCGGCCAUCAGGUCAUCUGCUGGGAGGACAAGCUGGUGCUCUUGGGAGGUGUGGGGGAUGAGGAGCGACGGCUCCGUGAUGCUUGGGAAUCUUCAGAUGGGGGAGAAACCUGGCAGGAGCUCCCAUGCCCCCGGUGGUCUGCUAGAUAUGGCCACCGGGCGGUUGUGGUGCCCAUGGUGGUCAAGGAGGUGGCCACACCACAUCUGGUCCUCAUGGGUGGCAACGGUGCUGGCAACAAAGCUUUGAGGGAUGUUUGGGCCUCAGAUUCUGGCGGCUUCUCCUGGGUCGAGCUCGAUCCGCUUCCCUGCUCCCCACGAUGGGGCUUCGGCCUCACACAGUUUCGCAACCAGAUCUGGAUUACGGGUGGCGCCGAUGAGCUGCAUCACCUGAAUGAUUGCUGGAUUAUGGCCCAUGAAGUCUGGCCCAGCAAAUCGGCUGGAGGUAACGCCACCGCCACCGCCGGUUCCGCCGAGUCGGCCGAGCGCGUUUGGAAGCACUUCCCCACCCCCUGGGCGCAGCGAUCGCUUCACCAGGUGGUCCUCUUCAGAGGGCAGCUGGCCAUCUUUGGCGGGGUGGAUGGUGCUGGAGAGGCCAGGGAUGCCGAUUCCGUCCUCUCGGAUGCCUGGCUCUCUGAGGACAACUUGGCAACGUACGCUCAGACCAUGUUUUCUGACCUUUUAAGGUUGCUCUUUGGGCCUAGCGAAUUUUGCGAAACAUCCAGCCUACAUCCCCGACGGUCAGACCUGGCGGCCGCUGCCGCGUUCCUCCUGGGCGCAUGUCGCCGACAGCUUCGGCCACCAGGUCGAGUGAUGGUCCUUGGUGGCCAUGGUGGCGGCCGACAUGUCUUCCGAUCCAGGCUGUUUGCCUUGGCGCUGGAAGGCAUUGACGAGAACCUCGACCAGGACGUGGUGGACUACUUGGACAGGCUGCUUGCGCACGAGCCGGGUCACAUGAUCUUGGGCGUGAGCUCCUUGCAAGCGGAUGCGGUAACCCUGGACAGGCUGCAGCCUGUGAGGCAGCUCAGUGUAAACAGCGCCCGGAUCUUGUACAAGGAGGUGGGCUUCUUGAUCGACACUUUCCCGAAGCCGGUGGUUCUGGCAGACGCCCUUGUUCCGGACUGCCCCAUCGUCGGCGCGUCAGACUCCUUCGCAAGGUUGUGUGGCUACUCCCGCGAUGAGAUUUUGGGGAAGAACUGUCGGUUCCUGUUGAAGGACGUGCCGGGCUGCUGCAUCUCCAGGUCGGGGCGCAAGAACCUACGAUCCAUGAUCCGGAUGUGCCGGCUCAUCGGUCUGUCAGCCAUGGGAAGCACCAGCUGUACGCAGACCAACCGCAAGCGCGAUGGCGAGACCUUUCUCAACAUGUUCGCGGUGGGCCUGGUCCUACUUGAUGAAUAUCCGUUUCUGGUCGGGGUGCAGUCUGAGAUGGGCACUGGAGACUCUGCAGCUCAUGUGAAGCAAGAUCAGCAUGCUCUCAUUGAGCAGAUUCGUGUGAUCUUGCAGCAGGGAUUGUCAGAGAAUGCAACCGCUGUCCUGGCAAAGGAGCAUUUUUUGCCUCCACGACCACGGAAUCUGGCCGGCUCACCUGCCUUCUCACCAACAGCCCUCACUGAAAGGGUGAUCUUGCUGAAUGACAGGCGGACCGUCAUGAGGCGAGAGCCUUGCGAGAUCCCCAAUGGCUGUGUGGUGAUCAGUGAGCAGCCCCUCCGACGCACUCGCCUUGGAAUUUUCUUCGCAGUUCGGAUGGAGGGGGUGCUGCGGGAAGGCUGGCACACCAGCUGGCCAAUGCUUGGCCUGACGCAGAUGCCACCUACCGAUAUGGUCAGGGACGGAUACCCCCUGCGCGCAGAGUGGUGCGCCAAAAGUAUCUGCAUUGGUGGCGAAUUCCAGGCCUUUGUGCGAGAGAAGGCUCAUCACUUCGAUGCACGUGGCGCCCCAAGCCCUGACGAGCUCCGGGUCUUCGAGGGGCCCAGGCCACGUUGGCAAAACCGGCCCACGACGCCGUGGGACCUCAGUGAAGGAGACGUGAUGGGCAUGCUCUACACGCCGAAUGGGGACAUCCACCUCAUGAUCAACUACCAGUCCGUCCUCAGCCUCUCCACGGGGAAGCCCCUGGAAGCCCGAGACUACUAUGCACUGGUGGAUUGCCGGGGACAGGCAUAUGAACUCAUGCUGCUGCCCUACGAAAUGCCGGUGGUGGGCUACAUGCAAGAGCUGGCGCUGCAGCCGCUGAUUAGCCACAAGGUCGUCGACCACGUGGCGCGCACGGCUGCCAGCCGCGCGGUGUCCUCCUGCACCUUUUCCGUCUCCAUUGCGGAUCCCUCCUUGCCGGAUAUGCCCCUCGUGGCAGUAUCUCGGGCGUUCGAGGUCAUGACCGGCUACACCUGCGAAGAGAUCGUCGGGCUGAACUGUCGCUUCCUGAACCACGACUGCGAGAUGGAAACCCGACAGCGCUACCAGCUGAGGAAGUCUUGUCAGACGGGAAAGCCCUUUACGGGCCUCCUGCAGAACCGGCGCAAGUCCGGCGAUCUCUUCGUGAACCUCCUGGACCUGCGAGGCAUGAAGGUUGCCAAGGAUGCUGAGACUGGAGAGGACAUCUGGUAUCUGGUUGGUAUCCAGUCCGAUGUGACAGACCUUGUGGAUUCCGACGGCCAAGCUGCCGUCCGAGAACGGCAUGCCUGCGAGCUUCAGAGCGUUGCGAACAACUUGCGGCAGGAGCUUCAUAGGGAGUUUGCUGAGCUUGCCUUGACCUCAAGGAACGCAGUCAUCCAAGAGGGCGAGGGUGAGACGCCGGAGUUUGGAAAGACUUGCGCAGGUGAGAAUACUGUGAACGUUCCUGCUGCUCCAGGCAUUGAGCGUGGUCCGAAGCCGAGCUUGGUUCCAAUGAUCGCCCUUCUCUCUGAGCCUGGUUGGGUGAAGCACGAUGCGGAGGAUGAUGACAGCGAGCCAGAGCAGGUAGACCGCCACGCAAAGAAGACCACGCAGCGUUUGAAGACUGCCUCCAGUCUCACCAGCUUUCAGGAUAGAGUGAUGUCUGUACCCGUCGUUUUCCGCCGGCAGUGGUCACUUGCGCCCAUUGCUGGUGCCUUUCUUCUGGGCAUAGGUAGCGCCUUCAUCUGUCAGCUACUCUUUCGUCAGCGCAAGUAG